AUGAUUAAGACGACGCUGUCCGCUGGAACGGAAGAUGAUCGCGCUUUGGCGGCUAUCAUGGCUGCACUGGAGGUAUCUAAGAGCCCCAUAGUGAUAGUCGACGGCGGUGCGGGUCGCAGUAGCUGGGCCCUUCAUGCUAUUGACCUGGUUAAAUCUCUCAAAUCCCUACACUUCAACACAGUUAUGGGGAAGGGUAUUGUUGGAGAAGAUGAUCCACUGUUUGCUGGUUGCUACGCCGGUGUUGGCUCCCCACCAGCCACUAGCAAGGCUGUUGAGCAAUCAGACUGCAUCCUCUGGCUUGGCCAUAUGCCAUCGGAUUUUAAUACCGGAAUGUUUACGGAAGACGUCAAGUCCUCCCUGAUUGUCGACUUCCAGCGAUUCCACAUCACGGUUGGAGAAAAGCAGUUCCAAGCCAGAAUGAACACUGUUCUCCCAAGACUCUCUCAAUCUAUCAAAUCGAGCAGUAUCCUGUCUCAGAGAACACUCCCAAGGCCUGUGGAGUAUUUUCCCGGAAUUCCAUUGGAAGUACCGUCGUCAAUAAUUUCUCAGGCCUGGCUCUGGCCACGCCUCUCUUCGUUUGUUAAGCCUGGAGACAUGAUCGUCGCGGAGACUGGAACAUCUCAAAUUGGGGCGCUUGCUACCAAGACUCCGCAAGGUGUUUACUACUGGACACAAGCAGUUUGGGGCAGCAUUGGCUACGCCAUCGGCGCUGCUGUCGGCGCCGCGAUUGCAGGCAAAGAAUUGGGUCAAUAUCGCAGGAUGAUCGUUUUCACCGGCGAAGGAAGCCUGCAACUGACAGUGCAGGCCAUGUCCAUACUAAACCGCCAUGGCGUGGUUCCUUUUGUGUUUAUUCUGAACAACAAUGGGUACACUGUUGAACGGUACUUUGAAGGAUGGGAUGCCGCGUACAAUGAUAUCCCUGAUUGGGACUACGGUGGUCUAUUCAGGUCUUUCGCGCCAAACCUCGCUACGAAUACCGUCAAGGCACGAAGCGCCGCAAAACUUGACAAACUGCUUUCAGAUGAGUCAUUCCAGAAUGCAACAAUUCCGCAAUGUAUCGAUAUGACCCUAGAUAAAUAUGACGCUCCGGCGGGACUCAGAGCCAUAUUUGACUUUAAGAAGAAGAGGGCCAACGUGUAA